CAAAAUGGUGGAUAUUUUGUAAAUUUGAUGUAGUAUUCAAUUAAAUUAGAAUAUCAGCUUUAUAUUCGUUACAGAAAUUGUUAUAAAACGUAACGUAAUGUAGUUUCAAGUACAGCAAGAUUUGGAUGCAUUCCUAUCCGGGAGUACAAUGUGUCCUUUCCAUAUCCAUUAUUCAAAAGUUAUCGUUUUUUGGUUGAACAAUAGCCCCGGCUACAUACGACGUUUCCAUUUAUAUUUCGGCGGGGUUUGCAUGAAAUUUAAAAGAAAAACUUGAUGAAUAUUACUGUUGAAAUGGAAUGAAAUGAGUAGAUUUCUUUGAGGGCACUUAUCCCGCCUGCAGUUUGAAACAUGCUGAUUAUAUUCUUGUAAAGUGUGUUGACUGCAUUCAAAUACGAUCAUGCUUCUCAUUCAAAUGUAAGUCUUGAUUCAAUUUAUUUACUGAAUGCUUAAACUUUAACGUUAAUCUCCUGCUGCUAUUUAUUUUUCUUUAAUCCCGAUUAGGUCGCACAGGCACCUUUAUUUUUACGCUUUGUUUUGAUUCCUUGACGCCUGAUACAAUCAGCGAGCGAUCAGCAAAACAUAACAUCUAUUGCAUUCCAAUUUGUACCCUGAUGGCGGCCACACAAUUAACCGCCGAUUUGCAUCCUCUGCUGACUGAGUACGUGAUUAAAAAGUUGCAAAAGAAUCGUCUCACCACGGUGUACAGUUUUGUGAAGGUCGAGGUAGAACAACUGAUAAAGAUCACCAAUCUUCCCGCCGAAAGUAUCGUUUUGGUGAAAAAUCAACUAAUCGAUCGUUUCGGCGGCCACUGUCGGAAUGCACAGGCGCACGCAGCUCAACCUACCGUCCGGUUGGGCACGGGAAUAAGCGCAAUAGACGCGUUAAUACAGGGAGGACUAAUACCUGGCCACAUUUACGAGUUCUGCGGAGAAUCUGGUAGUGGCAAAACAUUGCUCUGUAUGACGAUCGCUGCCAGUGUGGCGCUGGAACGCUAUUCAGUGUAUUACAUCGACACAAAGUGUGACUUUUCCGGUCGUAAGAUGCAACAGAUACUGGACCGGAAUGGGCAGCGUAAGCUUUCCGAGCAGGAACUGGGUCAUACUAUGGCACGGAUUAAAGUGGAACGUAUAUUCUCGCCGGAACUGUUGGUACAGGUAGUGGAAGAGUUAGCCACUGGAAAACAUCUGGAGGAAGGGACAAAUCUCAAGCUACUCAUAAUCGAUUCGUUGCCAUCGCUGUGGUACCUGUAUCAAGAUUCCACCAGCUCCGCUGAGCCUUUAGGGCUGCUGACAAAGUUAAUUUGCUCACUGCGCAAGCUGGCCGCGCAGCACGCCGUUGCAAUAGGGUUGGUUAAUCUGGCCGUCCGAGUGGUUGAAGAAAUGGCAGGUAACACAGCGGAGGUGAAACGAAAGCUCUGCCCCAAUGGAAGCUACCCAGCACUGGGACGCUACUGGGAAAGUGCCCCCGGUACAAGACUGUUGCUGGAGCGGUACGAAAAUCAACCCGAAUCGAUUGUCCGCGCAGUACAAGUGUGGAAAAGCAAUUAUCUACGGUCGGGAGACAGAACGUUCGUUCGGAUGACGGGUUCAGGCGUUCGAUGAAGAAGAGCACAGUUUGGCGAAAGAAAAUAAAAAUGUCUAUU